GGGUUUGUUUAUUUCCAUAAAGUUGAACAUAAAGGUAUUGCAGUGUUAAAGUCAGACCAUAUUGUCUCUUGACAGGUUUUCACCAUUGUGACGGUAGGGAAACUCUGCCCCGAUCGUUAACUACUUCAGAGUUGCACAGAGCUGUAUCAGGAAGAUCAUCAGAAAUACAUAGUUACACGUGGCAUCACGAACAUAUGCAGAGACGACCUCUGAGGUUCCUAUGAGCCGUCUGUACUGGGCCCUGGUUGAGUAGCUGUAGGAAGUGGGCAGUCUUGCCAAAUCGUUACGGAACUCAGAGCUGAGGGGCGGUCUGUUUGACACACGAAUACCUGACGGAGGUGUGUUCACUGCUGUACAGAUGAACACUGCAGCGGCUGAAUGAGCGCCAGUCCACUGCAGAGAGAGGCAGCUGAAAAUGAAGCUGGUUGCCUUGAAGAGGGUUGGGAACAAGAUUACAGGUGCCCUUUGGAGUGAGGUUGUGGCCUGGUACAAAGGGAGCAGAUACACACUGAAUGCCCUUCCUAGUCUGAAAGGAGAGGACAGAGGAGUGGUACGAGAGAAAGAGGAGGAGACUCAGGCCUCAGUACCUCUGUGAUGUGAAUCCUUCAAGUUGGAUGGAGAUGAGGAGUGAGUCAGCUGGGAAUGCAGUGACACUGUCAAGUCUGCAGGGAGGACAGUUCUACCUAUCCCAGAAUACCUCUGCAUGUCAAGGGUUGGUCACAGUGGUGAAAGUGGCCGACCUCGGAGUCCUGUGAGAAAAGUGAUAACCAUGGGUCAUGGAGAACACAACACGUGUACAACAUGAGGUAUGGCUGUUCUUGCCCAUCUGAAGCCCCUGCUGCGUCUAGAGAGGCUACGUGAGACUGCUCGUGCACAGCGGUGACUUUCCCAUGCCUGCUGCAACAACCUUGCUGCAUCUGGUCCAAACAUAGCUAAAGGUUCCACCGGCAAUUUCAGUAAACAGGCCCAAUCUCCCUGCUGGUGCUGGGACCGGGACAGCCACAGGUGGCGUCUAACAACCCAAAAGGAUGCUACGGUUCUGCCACUGAGCAUGUUAGCUCACGAAAGCGCAAGCAAUAUGCUGGUAUAAGGAAACCCAGCCAUCGUAACCGGGAGACUGAGCCCAGCAGGGAUCCCAUCGAGUGCAUGAGCCCACGAACCACAAGCAUUACGCUGGAAAGGGAACUGUUGCUCUGGAGAAGAAAAGAAAAAUACAGCAAGGGAAACAGCAAUCCAGGGAGGCUGCCCAUAGACAGACGCCCAAACUACAACUUCUGUAGGACUCUCAAGUUUAAAGAAGCAGAGCACCCAGAAAAGAUAUAAAAAGACAGUGUUUCUUUCUGCAAGACAUCCUGCUACCUGCUACUGCAACUGCAAACUCAUCUGAUCAUCACAGCAAGAUGGCAUCAGGUCUUAACUUCAUUGUGCUCCUCUGUUUGAUCAGCGGACUGUGGACUGAAGCAAACGCACAAUGUGGAAAAGCACCAGGUUUCUGUGAGACCUGCCCUCCUGGUUGGACUCAGUUUGACCAACGCUGUUACAUAUUCUACAACAGUGAAAAGGACUGGGCUGAUGCAGAGCGUUUCUGCACUUCUCUUGAUGGAAAUCUGGCUUCCAUCCGUUCCGAAAACGAGUACAAGUUCCUCAGAGAGAUGGUUUACAGAGCGACUAACUCACAUAAAAGAACUUGGGUUGGAGGCUAUGAUGCAGUAAAGGAGGGUCUGUGGCUGUGGAGUGAUGGUUCAAAGUUUAACUUCACUGGCUGGGCUAAGGGGGAGCCUAACAAUCAUGGAGACGAAGGCUGCAUGGAGAUCAACUUGCGAGGUGAAGAUUUUGUCAAUGAUGCAAGGUGUAAAGAGAAGAACUCUUUCAUUUGUGCCAGAAACCCAUGACAAUCUCGCCAUGUGCUGACACAUCUGCUGUGAAGAUGUCACAUUCCCACUGAUGAUGCAUGUCACUUAUACCAGGAAGUCAAGCCUCGAUGACUUCACCGCUGGAAGACAAAUCUGAUUUCAUUUCAGUUGAAUCAAUAAACACAUAUCUUGCUCAGCAA